GCCAGCACGCAUCCACUCACUCACACACACACACACACACACUGACUGACUGCAGGUGGAAGAAGAAGAAGAAGAAGAAGAACGAAACCGAGAGCAUCUCAGAAGAAGUGUGUACUUGUUGAUUCACCGCGGGAGGGCUGGACACUGAACAUUGUGAUAUUUUCCCAACAUGUCGGUGUAGGAAGCUCAUGAUCAUGAGCCUCCAUCAGCGGACCCGAGACUGACGCGGACCUCACAAGUUAUGUUGCUGCUGCGCGUCCAUGAGGUGAACCUGGAGAUGCGGGAGACGCUUUCAGCCACAGAGACAGUGCUGGGACCCUGACGUGGUCGUCUCCAGGGUCAUGUCUUCUUAAUCUUCUUCUCAAGCGACCCCGUGACUUCAGGAAAGAUGAUCAAAACAGGAUUUCACUCAACAAACGCAUUGCCACCGGACACGGUGGACAUCAUCCGCAUCAAGACCCACUCUCGCCGAGUGAGGCUGAACGUCGGGGGCCUCAUCCAUGAAGUCCUGUGGAGGACGCUGGACAGGCUGCCCCGCACCAGACUGGGCAAACUGAGAGACUGCAACACGCACGACUCCAUCCUGGAGAUAUGCGACGACUACAGCCUGGAUAGCAACGAGUACUUCUUCGACAGACACCCGGGAGCCUUCACCUCCAUCCUGAACUUCUACCGCACCGGGAAGCUGCACAUGAUGGAGGAGAUGUGCGCCCUGUCCUUCAGCCAAGAGCUGGACUUCUGGGGCAUCGACGAGAUCUACCUGGAGUCCUGCUGCCAGGCCAGGUAUCACCAGAAGAAGGAGCAGAUGAACGAGGAGCUCAAAAGGGAGGCGGAGAACAUGAGGGAGCGGGACGGAGAGGAGUUUACCACCACGUGUUGCUCCGAGAAGAGGAUGAAACUCUGGGACCUCUUGGAGAAGCCGAGCUCAUCGUUUGCUGCCAAGAUCCUGGCGAUCAUCUCCAUCCUCUUCAUUGUGCUGUCCACCAUCGCGUUGUCUCUGAACACUCUUCCAGAGCUGCAGGACACAGACGAGUUUGGACAGCCCACGGACAACCCACAGCUGGCUCACGUGGAAGCUGUGUGUAUCGCCUGGUUCACCAUGGAGUACUUGCUCCGUUUCCUCUCCUCCCCCAACAAGUGGAAGUUCUUCAAGGGUCCUCUAAAUGUCAUUGAUCUGCUGGCCAUCCUGCCAUACUAUGUCACCAUCUUCCUCACAGAGUCCAACAAGAGUGUGCUGCAGUUUCAGAACGUCCGACGCGUUGUCCAGAUUUUCCGCAUCAUGCGGAUCCUGCGUAUUCUGAAGUUGGCCCGUCACUCCACAGGUCUUCAGUCGCUGGGCUUCACUCUAAGGAGGAGCUAUAAUGAGCUGGGCCUGCUUAUCCUUUUCUUGGCCAUGGGCAUCAUGAUCUUCUCCAGCCUGGUGUUCUUUGCGGAGAAGGACGAAGAGGACACCAAGUUCAAAAGCAUCCCAGCUUCUUUCUGGUGGGCGACCAUCACGAUGACCACAGUGGGCUACGGAGAUAUCUACCCCAAAACCUUACUGGGAAAGAUAGUUGGUGGUUUGUGCUGCAUUGCUGGAGUACUGGUGAUAGCCCUGCCCAUCCCCAUCAUUGUGAAUAACUUCUCUGAAUUCUACAAGGAGCAAAAAAGGCAAGAGAAAGCUAUUAAAAGAAGAGAGGCCCUAGAGCGGGCAAAGAGAAAUGGCAGCAUCGUCUCCAUGAACAUUAAAGACACAUUUGGCCACAAUUUAGAGCUCUUGGACGUAAUGGUGGAAAAAUCUGAAGAAAAAAAGGAGAAGCUGCACGACAAUCAUGUAUCUCCUAGUCUGCAGAAAGGGACACCCAAACUCAAGUCGCACACCAACUCCGGCAGCCCUGUGAAGACUCUUGAGUCCAGCUACCAGGAGCAGGCCAAGCCCUUGAGCAGCCCUCAGCAUCUCAGUGUGCAGAAACUGGAGGAGAUGUACAACAAAAUGACUCAGUCACAGCCCGACCUCAAUGGCAAGGAAAAAGGUCCGCCCUCCAAAGCGGUCUGGCAGAAAGCUGAGUUUGAGAUGGGAAACAUUGCAGCCGAAGCCGUCUCAGGCAAAGCAGAGGUUGUGACGGAUAUGAGAAGCAUCUCCAGCCUGGACAGCUUCAUCAGCUGCACCACGGAUUUCCCUGAGAGCUCUCGCUUCUCCCACAGCCCCAUCAGCAACAUACCAGGGAAAGUCAGCACAAACCCGAGUCUGGAGCCCACGCUGGAGAACGAGCAUGAAGGACUCCACGGCACAAGCACACCUCAGACAGGAAGAGGCACCAGACCCAGUCCGUGUUCCGACAGCCCCAGUGGCCUGCACUCCAACAACCCACACAAAAGCCACUUGCUCACGGUCAACUUCAGAGAAGGUGAAGAUACAGGAACAGGGCCCCUCUCAGACAGCUCCGUCUACACAACUGCGAGCAGCAGGACACCCACCAAGAGCCCGGAGAACUUACUACCCAGCAUUUUCACUUUUCACGACACGUCCGUCAAUAAGUUCAUCGACGCUGACACAGAUGAGGAGGAGCACCUGCACGAUGGUUCAGGCACCAACCCGUCCCAGAGACUUCUGGAGAAGGCCAGUCCCAGGUUUGGCCAUCCCUCCAGCUUCCAAAGGGGGGGAUCCAACCACAUGGAGGGCCCGCGGAGGAAGCUGGGCAACAGCACACUGCCGAUAGAGGGCCAGGAGAACCACGUGGCUCAGGAACUUCAGCCACUUCAGGGAGACGAGAGUCACUCCAAUGCUUGAAGUUACAAUACGUGAGAGACGACAACGGGAGGGGAGUGGAGAUGAAAAGCACUGAAAACACUUCAAAAGAAGUAGAACUGUGAAAAUAAAACAUUUGUGUAAGAUGGGAGAAAGACAAACAAUACUCGUACCUGAUCAUUUUUAGUAUUUAUACAUUUGUUUGAAGCCAGAUUAUCUCUUAACUGCAGCCUAGUGAUGGGAAGAUAGAAUAUUGUGGGUUUUUGUUUGUAUAUAUAUAUAUAUAUAUAUAUAUACAUAUAUAUGUAUAUAUAUAUAUUUAUUUAUUUAUUUAAUAAUUGAAACACCUAUUUUUCUGAUAUUCCUGGAUGAAGCCACGAGCAAAGGCAGUCCAGUCAGUAGCACGGAGGGCAUUGAAAACACGUCAAACUGGGGGAAACACAUUCAGCUGAUUUUACUUCAAAUAAGUAUGUUGUGGUGCAAAAAUGGGAUGGGGGGAUAUUUAUUUUUCUUAAAGUGGUGACUAUAAAUACAUGGUAUAAUUGUGAGAUAACAAACAUGGUCGGAAAAAAAAGGUGUAUAUUUUUGCUUCCUUCCUCAAAACUGGCCUUAGUUCAAGUCGUCUCCCGUGUUUUACGUUUGUGUUUUUGACACAGAGUUCGUCUCUUUGUCUUAAAUAUGAAGUUUGACAUCUUUCUCGUUGAUGUUUUUUUUAAACUGCACAGACACAGAGAGACACUGUGAGGCCGCGUCCGUCCAUCCGUCCGUCCGUUUUCCCUCUUGUCCCGCCCUUUGUGUCCAGCCGCUGACAAGAGAAAGCACCUUAACUUGAGAAGUAUUUUUAUUAUGAGCACAGACGAAAAAGGAAACCGUAACUAUGUGUCCGUCUGUCUGUUUACUUAAUUUGUUUGUUUCAAAAUGUCUGCGUGUGUGUGUGUGUGUGUGUGUGUCUCACACGAGUCGUCGUUCCUACUGUAGCUGAUGAAAUGACGCAGUAUCAGAUAACAGAUUACGAGCGUCAGUGUAGCUGAAAGCGUGAAUAUCGUACACGUAAAACUACAAAAGUAGAAUACAACAUGCAGAUACACGUUUAUUGUACCAGGUGCAGAAUCAGAAUUCUUUAUAUUUUUUAAGUAUUUUCUAACAGAACAAACUUGUAGACGUUAACAGACGUUGGGCUAACUCCUAAUUCCAAGUGAACAGUUGCUGUUGUUAGACAAGACACCGCAGAGUAGAUAAUAACUUUGUAAUGUUUGCUACCGUCAUCGUGAAGAACCAAAGAACUGUUCUUUUACCGAUAAACUUAUGUUUCGACGUUUAAGCUCAACAUGUUUCCUCUGUAGCAGAAUGUGAUAUUUUUCAGGGAGCUGUAACUGCUCAUUACACGCGUGAGAUUGAACACAUGAGAUGGACUGACAUGGAAAAAACAAAGCUGUGGACAGACAGAGUGCUGAAUGUUUACAUGAAAAAAGAAAAGAAAACAUGUGCAGACUAGUUCAGAACAGUGGAUAUGGCCCCCCCUUGUUUCCAUGGUGAUUGUUGCGAUGGCACGAUGGUUCACAUUCGAUGCAAGAGAGUCACAUCUUAUAUGUCGCGUCCCUAAAGUCCCAAAGUAACAUGUUGUGGCCGAGUUUGUUCACACGUUCAUUCAUCUCGUCUUUUCGAGUCAUUGAAGGCUUUAUAUAAGAUGAACUUAUGUUACAUGUUCUCAUAAAAAGAACAGAAAACUGCAGCGAACACUUCAGCUACUUGCUCCCAGUGAGAAUGAGUGUGAACGGAAUAGGAAGAAGCAGCGUUUGACAGAGCGGUGCAGCAGAGCUGUCAGCCUGAUUACAACUGACAUCACUAAUGAUGGCGGCAGCGCUCUGCUCCCAUCUCAUGUCCAGCUUCACACACACACACACACACACACACACACACACACCUCAUGGUCAUUACAGAAAUUGUUUCCGAGCACAUCUUCAGCUAUUUUGAGAGGGCAGAGCAUGUUUUCACCUCACCAACGGGUCAAUGAGAAAUUACAUUUGCCCAUUUUUCUUGCUGUUAGAUUCACUUUUUUUCUAAUGGAAAUCAAAAGUUCCACUCCCUUUUUUUUUUAAUCACACAUGGGAGUUGUUGAUCAACUACUGGCUCCGUCUGUGAGUUCAAAUGUGUUUAUUUUGCGCGGCUUGUGACUUUGACUUAAAGGUAGGGGUUUGAGAUCCUGGCAAAAACAGUUGGAGCAGGCUACAAUACGUUAAAUUCAAAAGUCCACGCCCCUUCCUUCAGACUUCCCUCCAAAGCCACGCCUCAGGAAGCACGGAACGCACAACGAACACGGAUUCACGAGCGCCGCGCAGCAUCGCUAACUUUCUGUAACUUUUUUGGAUACUUCAAAAAACAACAAAUACUCUAAGAAGUUUGCAAAGCGGACAGUUAACCUGCAGGUCCAGUAGAAACAGCCAUAUCAUCACUUUGUAGCCUCUUCUGGGCUUUCAGGUGUUGCCACCUGAGGCCUUGGGCCCUGGGCCUGGGCGGCCA